CGAUUCGAACUGUCACUACGGAAGAUUUGUCUAUGUUUGCGGAAUUCGCAUAAUUUGUAUAUGUGGUCAUACAUUCGAGUAGAUUUUCUAUCAACUUUUAUUUCAUAGCGAAAGUUUUUUUUUGCGGUGGUGUAGCUUAAGAUAAACUUUGGAAUUUUUCGUUCAACGAUGGAAACAUAUGAUGUUAUUGUAAACCAGCCGGUUGUAAUUGAUAAUGGCUCAGGUGUAAUAAAAGCUGGUUUUGCUGGUGGUCAUGUGCCUAAGUGUCGCUUUCCGAAUUAUAUCGGUCGACCGAAACAUGUUCGAGUUAUGGCUGGUGCCUUAGAAGGCGACCUCUUUGUGGGGCCAAAAGCUGAAGAGCAUCGCGGUUUACUUAGCAUUAGAUAUCCAAUGGAACAUGGCAUUGUGACAGAUUGGAAUGAUAUGGAACGGAUAUGGACCUAUAUUUAUAGCAAAGAUCAAUUGUCCACCUUUUCCGAAGAGCAUCCCGUUCUGUUAACAGAAGCACCGCUAAAUCCACGAAAAAAUCGGGAAAAAGCUGCCGAAAUCUUUUUUGAAACAUUCAAUGUGCCCGCAUGGUUUGUUUCAAUGCAAGCAGUUCUUAGUUUAUAUGCCACCGGUCGUGUAACUGGUGUGGUGUUGGACUCCGGCGAUGGCGUGACCCAUGCGGUGCCAAUUUAUGAAGGUUUUGCAAUGCCAAACAGUAUAAUGCGAGUUGAUAUUGCUGGUCGUGAUGUCACACGUCAAUUGCGCGCAUUGAUUCGCAAAGAAGGAUUUAAUUUCCGCACAACGGCUGAAUUCGAAAUCGUUCGUUCAAUCAAAGAAAAGGUUUGCUACCUGGCAACCAAUUCUCAAAAAGAAGAAGGCAACGAUACCGAAAAGAUUUCAUAUACAUUGCCCGAUGGAAAUACUCUUGAGAUUGGACAAGCUCGUUUUCGUGCACCAGAAGUUCUGUUUCGACCGGAUUUAAUCGGCGAAGAAUGCGAAGGAAUUCAUGAAGUACUCAUGUAUGCUAUCGAAAAAUCGGAUAUGGAUCUUAGAAAAAUUCUCUAUCAAAAUAUUGUAUUAUCCGGUGGUUCGACCCUAUUAAAAGGAUUCGGUGAUCGUUUGCUGUUAGAAUUGAAGAAAAAUCUACCGAAAGAAUUAAAGAUAAGGAUCGCAGCACCUCAAGAACGUUUAUAUUCUACAUGGAUGGGUGGAUCGAUUCUAGCAUCAUUAGAUACAUUCAAGAAGAUGUGGGUAUCAAAACGCGAAUUUGACGAAGAGGGACAUCGUGUUAUACAUCGCAAAACAUUCUAAGCAAUCAAUGUGUCACACUUUUUACUGCUUUAUUUAACCAAGCACAAUUCAAGUGCACAAUUCAUAGUUUUAUUUUAUUUUUUUGUAUUCUCGUGAUCUGACUCUGGGAUGAAAAAAAAAAAGACACAAAUAAUUCGAAUCAGUUGAGAUUAUAUCUAGUUUUAUUUGACCCAUUCGAAUGGAAAACGAGUCACAGACAAAUACAGAUUUUCCACCCAGAACAAUCUCGAUUGAAUUACUAUAAAACUAACUAAGAGUCAUUCAGUUAAAUUUAAGAUCAAAAGACUUCUUUAAUGGGUUUCUAUGUAAUGCUAAUUUUUUUUUGUAUUUAAUCGAUGAAAUGAAGACAUAAUAUGACAA